ACGCUCGCUGCUCGCUGCCCAACAGGUCCUCCUCACUAUGCCUCCCGAUGCACGCCUGACAGACCGCAAGACCUCCUUCGCCUCCUUCUCACAUAUCCUCGAUGCCCGCAUCCUGCGCGCCCUCGCCGACAUGGGCUUUGCCCGCCCGACCCUCGUCCAAUCCAAAGCAAUCCCUCUCGCUCUCGAGAACAGAGACAUCCUCGCGCGCGCACGGACUGGGAGUGGGAAGACGGCUGCAUACUGCAUUCCCGUUACACAGAAGGUGUUAAAUGCUAAAGCUGGCAUACCUGCUGAGGCCAGCUCGAGACAGGCAACUCGAGCACUGAUUCUUGUUCCUACUCGCGAGCUCUCAGAGCAAGUAUACACGCAUCUCAAUGCCUUGCUCGCGUACUGCGAGAAGGAAGUGACGGUGGCUAAUGCGUCCACGGCGAGCUCUACACAGCUACAAAAAUCCCUCCUCUCCGAUCAUCCCGACAUCGUGAUUGCGACACCCUCCCGCGCACUCGCCCUCGUCCAAUCAAAAACACUAUCACUGACAUCCCUCGACACCCUCGUGAUCGACGAGGCAGAUCUCAUCCUCUCAUAUGGGCACGACACAGACAUCCGCGCGCUGCUCUCCGGCGGGCACCUCCCGCGCGUGUUCCAGUCCUUCCUGAUGAGCGCGACCAUGACCGAGGACGUCGAAGCGCUCAAGGGCCUCGCGCUCCGCAGCCCAGCCAUCCUGAAGCUCGAAGAGGAUGAGGAGGAACAUAAUCUAGCCCAGUUCAGCGUGCGCUGCAGCGAGGUCGACAAGUUCCUCCUGACGUACGUCGUCCUGAAGCUCAAGCUCGUGAAGGGCAAGUGUCUCAUCUUCGUCAACGACGUCGAGCGCUGCUACCGCGUGAAGCUGUUCUUGGAGCAGUUUGGUAUCAAGAGUUGUGUGCUCAACUCGGAGCUGCCGCUCAAUUCCAGAUAUCACGUCGUGCAGGAGUUCAACAAGGGCGUGUAUGAUUACAUCAUCGCAUCCGACGAGAGUGCGAGGCAGUCAGAACAGGACUCGGAUGACGAGGAAGAGCCGACGGGCGACGGUGAGGAUGUAGUCGAGGAGGGCGGAGAUGCAGCUGAAGACGAUGAGUUCACCACCACCCAACGCGAACAACCGACCGCAUCCACCUCGUCCUCCAAGCCCACCCAAAAGCGCAAGCGCUCGCCGUCUCCCUCCGCAAGCAAAGACGACGCCAGCAAGUCGAGCAAGCGGAAGCAGAAGGGCAAGCACGCGCGCGACGCGGAGUACGGCGUCGCGCGGGGCGUAGACUUCAUCGACGUCGCGUGCGUGCUCAACUUCGACCUCCCGCGGUCCGCGCGCGCAUACACGCACCGCGUCGGGCGCACGGCGCGCGCGGGCCGGACGGGUAUCGCGCUCUCAUACGUCGUCCCCCGCGAGCAGGUCGGGAAGAGCAAGGUCGUGGGGAACGUACCCGGCACGGAGCGCGACGAGGAGGUGUGGGCGCGCAUUGAAAGGCGGGAGAAGGAGAAGGGGAGGGAAAUGAAGGAGUACAAAUUUGAUAUGAAGCAGGUGGAGGCGUUCCGGUAUAGGAUGGAGGACGCGCUGAGGGCGGUCACGAGGGCGGCGGUGAGGGAGGCGAGGAUCAAGGAGCUGAAGUCGGAGAUCUUGAACUCGGACAAGCUGAAGGCCCACUUCGAGGACAACCCACUCGAUCUGGAGUACCUCAGGCACGACAAGCCGCUCCACCCUACACGCGUGCAGCCGCACAUGAAGCACGUACCAAAAUACCUGUUGCCUCGCAUCGCGCCUGUGCCCGGCGCCGAAGCUGCUGAGGGAUCGACAACCGGGGAAGGCGGCGAGGGAUUCGUGCCCUUCAACAAAAAUGGCGCACGAGGAAGGGGCAGAGGCAGGGGACGGGGCGGUAGAGGCGGCAGGGGAGGUUCCGCAGGAAGGGGACGGAAAAAAGCCGACCCGUUGAAGAAGUUCGGGCGAUAGAGCUGGUUUGGAGUCGUCCAUGUCUACCCCUGGUCUAUCCUGUAGUCAUACAUAGUUGGCUUCGUGAUGUCCCAUCCGGCUCUUAUUAAUUCAGAGUCCGUACGAACAGCAACAGAGGUUCGACGGACUAUGUAUGUCCCUCCCA